CCACAACUCGGUUUCUUCUCUUCUCUUGUCUUGGCUCUUCGUUGGAUGAGAGGGUUUCGCUCCUAAAUUUUAGGUGAAGAAAAACAAAAAGAAACGUUUUUCAUUUCUCCGAGUUUUUCACCGCGGCGUUUCUGCAACUCUGUCUGAUCUCGCCGGAGAAGAGAAUCACACGGCGAAGAAUCUGCCGGAGAGUAUUCCAAUGCCGUCGUCUGCGGAUCCCGCCCGCCCGCCGGACUCCUUCGCCUCCGAGCUGACUCGGACCGACUCGGACGCCUCCGCCAUUACUCUCGACUUCUCUAAGGACGCUUGGCUUCCUUGCGAUGAAGCUAUGCAGCAGGGAAAAUCCACAGAAUGGACAGAUGAGAAACACAGUAUGUAUCUUGAUUAUCUAGAAGCAUCAUUUGUAGAUGAUUUAUAUCAUUCAAUGCACUUGGGUGGCUUGGGUGUGAAAAAGAACUCGCGGAGACCAUAUACUUCUGACAAGUUUGUGGUGCGUGAGGAUAGAGGUCGCAAGAAGAUCAAUGAUGAGAGGAAUGAACCUUUGUUUGACAGUACAGCUGACUCUCAUGUAGUGAUGGAAAGGCCAUUAAUUCAUCAUUUCAAAUAUCCAGGAAAAGGCUGUUCUGUGGCAUGUCUUGAUUCUCAAGAACAUGUUGUGUUGCGUGAAAAUAAAAUGCACUCAAACGGGAAGCUGGCAUGUUUAUAUGAAUCAGCAAGAAGUUUGGAGCAAAAGCCUGUAGAUCGGAAAUGCCAUUGGGAUAUAGUUGGAAGCGCUGCAGAGUUUUCUGAUCAGAACUUUGUUGAGGACAACCCUGGAGGAAACCCAAGCCGCAAAUCUAUGUCGAAAAGGUUGAAGAUGGCUGCAAGUGAUGGUUCCGGCAACGAUCAAAUUAUGUUACCAGAGAAUUUCCACGCAAGAGGUGUUUCAAUUGGCAAUAACAUGUUUUGUACCAAAGAAGAAGGACGUAAUGCAUUGCUUUCAGAUCAUCCGGAGGACUUUGUCUGCCCAAAAUCUGAUAUUCCUAUUUUUUGAAAGGGAGCUGACUUCUGUCUCCGAAUCGGAUACACCUCCUUAUUUCUUGCGGUGGAGAGAGACGACGCAAUGACAAAGACGAGUAGCUAUUCUGCAGUGAAACUCCUGGUGGAAAUGAUGCUGCCGCAGUGAUGUUUGCUCUAAGCCUUGUGCAAAAGUUAAUUGGGAAAGAUUUUGUAUAUAUUGGGCUAUAUACGCCAAUAGCUAGUAAGAUUGAUUGCACAAGAUCUAUAGGGUAGAUGGAAUUGAUAAAUGGAAGGGCGGUUAGUAAUUGGACACAAGUUUUCCUUUUCAUCUUCAGUUCCUUCAAAUUUUGCUACUGAAUACGUUUCUGAUAGAAGAAACACCUAGUAGAUCUAAAAGAUGGGAAGUCAAUUUGUUGGAUGUAUUGCAAGUUUGUAGGUGUCCUGAAGCUGAGGCGGGAAUGAGUCAUGUUGUUGCGGUCCACAUCUUUCUUUUGUAUGUAUAUGUUUGGUUCUUCAUCAAUUUUAUACCUUAUCCAAGUUGACAAACCUGAAACCACACAUUAUUAUUAUUAUUAUUAUUAUUUCUUGA